AUCAAUGCUCGUAGUGUAGACAGAAAGAGUCGCAAUAUGGAGACGUACGGAGGACGACUGUCGUCCUCGACACGUAGCCGUUCAGUGCAGAACAGUCAUCAUACAGCCGCCAACAUGCUGGUCAAGGAGGAGAAAUUCCUGGACAAGCUGAAGAGCAGUAGCCAAAGAUCUAUGGGACGUGAGGAGGAGAAACUCAAGAAACGACUAGAGAAGAUAGAGCUGGAGAGAAGCAAGUCCCCCUCGAGGGGGUACCUGGACCAGGACAAUGAGGAAGAAUUUAUAAGGUCGAUGAGCCGAAGUGGCACCAGCAUGACAGGGGGCAGCCAGCGACGGGAGAGCCUGCCAGGAACCGGGCCCCCCCGGCUGCCACUGGGUGCAGGGAGACAGAGAGCUAUGUCCCUGGCGGCGGGACAAGAGGAGAUGCUAGCCAGGAAAAGCGUUACAUUCGUUGGCUCUUGUAAGAAACCUCUGGUGGAGAAAAUUAGUGACGAGGCACCAAGUAUCGUCGUAACCGACCACGACCCUAAAGACGACGUGCCUCACAAAGUUGGCGCACACGAUCCCAAACACCAAGCGGGGACGUCAGUUUCUAGCACCACCGGGGCACACGAGAACAUCCAUGAUCUAUUCGAUAUGGCGAUCCAGACAGUGGCGUCCAGUAAUGAUAGCGAGUUCAGGACAUCGUCUGGCAUUCUCGAGGGCAAAAAACAGAAACCACAUUCACAUUCUGAUAUAAGCAAUCGACGUCAAUCUCACGGAUCACAUCCGCACGUAGCUGCACCCACAAGCAAAGCAACACUGGAUCUAAAGGCAUUGAAGGAACUGGAGGAGAUCUUAAAAGAUUCUCGACUAUACUCUACCAAGAAGUGUCGUCAGCUUGACGGAAGUCACGACAGUUCCAUCAUGAGGCAACAGAAGAAGCGCAUGCUGCAGCUAGAGCAGCUGCUCAGCUCCCUGAAGAUCGGCCAGAAGAAGGAGGCCCCCCCCGUGAAGUUCGACCCCAUGGAGGUCCUCAACUGCACCUACCUCCGGCUCUCCAGGAGCAACGUCGAAUCCCUGGAGAGGAUGGUGAGAGAGUCAGGGAGGGACCCCGGCAUCCACGCGCACAGUGACGUCACCGAUUUCAAACUGUUUGAUGACAAGGCCGAAGAUGCUGAUCCUGUGGGGCCAUAGUAUACUGUGCUGUUGGUGUUCUUAAGGGGAAUACACAUGACCAAUUCAUCAUUUGGAAAUGUGAUUGGUUGUCUAACAUACUUUGAAUUAAUUAAAUAUUGUUUUCGUUGUCUAUAUUUUAGUUAAAUAGCUAGCAUGUAACAUGUGUUGAGGAAUAUAUUGAAUUAUGUCUUUUUACAUAGGCUAUUAAUUCAUCAGUAGUCUUUGGUUUGUCUGCGUAUCAUGGCUGCUGUCUUUCAUUGUGUGCUAAGAAUGGUAAAUGUUGCUUCUAUGUGAAGAAUAUCCUUGGCCCGUCAAAUAUGGGUAAUCAAUUUAUUUAUUUAUUUUAAUUUUUUUUUUUUUUUUUUUUUUUUAUUAUUUUCUUUUUUAAUCAAUUAUGUAUAGACCCUGCAGUUUAGUGUGUAGAGAACACUUGUAUUAAACGUGCUAGUAAUAAACUUUAAUACGUC